AUGGAUCCACUGGAUUUCACAUCCAAUAUGUGGGAUCUCAUAUUCCCCAUUCAUAUUUAUGUGGAUUGGCUUGAUACCGAUGAAGCCCACAUCUUCAAAGCUAACUUGCCUGGAUUGAAAAAAGAAGCCCUGAAAGUUCAAGUGGAAGAGGAACGUGUUAUCCUCAUAAGUGGAGAGUUUAAGAGGGAUGAGGCAGACCAAAAUGACAAGUGGCAUCGUUUGGAGAGAUCACAUGGAACUUUCUCUCGCCACUUCCGCCUGCCAAAGAAUGCCAUGAUGGAUCAAGUGAAAGCCAACCUGACAAAUGGAGUACUGACUGUGACAAUUCCUAAGGUGGCUGAGAUAUCUGGAGCAUUUGGAUUUGAGCGCCAAUUUCUUGAGUGGCGUUAUACCCACAGAGUUAAUGCUGCCAUUGAAGAAGAAAUUGUCCUUAUUCACACAAACAAUACUUUCCUUUCGCCAUACUAUUCGGAACAAUUAGCAGGCGACAUAGCGCAAGAAGACCAAAGCAAAAAAACUUCCGCCGGCAUCAGCUCGAGAAUUAGGAGGCUCUGCAAUACGAAGAAAUUACAAUCCCUGAACCAACUUCGCUAUCGGUGUAUUGAAAGAAAAAUUCAGAUCGCGCUGCGAAAGAUCGCUGCUGGAGAUGUUCACUGUUUGAAGAAUGCUGGAAGGCCUGUGUCGUAA